AGUGUCAGAAUGACCCAAAAACAAAAGGUGGGUGAACCGCUGCGCAGACACACUUCUUUAUUGCGCCCGUAAAGUCUUGCACUUCGCAUGCACUUGUGAACUUAUUCUCGAAGGAGCGGCGCCCUCGUUUAAUUUGAGUUUUCUUUUCGCAGUUGAAACAAGAUGUCUUCCUCCAGUAAAGCUUAUCACGGCAGUGGGUCCAGCAGUUCGGCUUCCAUGAGCCGAGCGGCCCUGCAUCAAUCCGGAGCCGGAAGUGGCGAGCAGCUUAUCGGAUAUAUGAAAUUUUUGACGUUGUGGUGCACGACGCUGCGGUGCGAUUUUGAAUUGCAGAAGUACUACAGCAUCAAUGUAUUCGAUUUCGAUAAAACAAGAUGUUGAACAAGAUUGUGAAGUGUAGUGUUGACGGCAGAAAUUUCAGCACACUCCAUACACGAGCAGCAAGUGGUCUACCGGUCCGACUUCGAGAAAGCUGUGAUCACGCAAACCUGCGACCGCCGGGGCUGGCUCCGGUACCCCUACGGAAGCGGAGAUGAAGAAGAUGGCUGGAAUGUCUACUGGGCUUCGUACGCAAGAAACAGGUAGCUUAGGCUGUCAAGAAGGCCAAGGCGAGUUUCAAUUUCAGCAUACUGAGAUCCACCAGGAUACGAGCAACUGUCGGGGUAUUGACAUACUCAAUGAAAGCACACUACGAGCAAGAUCUUGUUGUGCGCUGACAUGCAUACGUGGUAGCAACGAACAGGGGAGGUACUUGGGUGGAAGAAAUUGAAAUCCUUCCCCUUUGCUCGCUUCUUGACGCUUAAUUUUCAGUGCGAUACUUGCGUCCACACCGUGCGGCAGAUGUUCAAUCCCGAGACCGGGAAGCGGCUUUCUGACUGGCAGGUAUAGAAGAACCAACUAGCAUGUCUAUCUAGAAUGAUGUAAGAAGAUAAAAUGUGCGUUGUUCUUUAUUGUGUUGCAUAUGCAUUUUGUUUUAUCACUCAAGAAGAAAGAACGAAAUCUGCCAGGAAGUCCUGUUCUGUUUGAAAUCAGGUUAUCAACCAUUUUCCGAACCACUACGAGCUGACGCGGAAAGAUCUCAUGGUGAAGAACAUCAAAAGGUACAGGAAAGCUAUCGAAGAGAGCCCGGGGAGAAUGUGAGGAUAUUGCUAUUACACCAGCGGGACUGUGUGAUCAACAUGCAUAAAAACGAGUACUGAGUAAGUGGAUGAAAUUUACCACAGCUGCACGCAUACUAAGUUUUUACGAAAGGAGGGGGUUCCUUUACUAUGUGCAAGAGAAAGCUGCGACCCUGGCGCGACCAGGCCAGAACAUCGUCACUUCUACUUUACGUUUCCUCUUCCAUAUGCAAAUUGGAAAAGCGGUGGAAUUUUGCGCACGGUUUCGAGAAGCGGGUCAGCUACUCGGGCGGCAGCCGACCGGGGUCCUUGCUAAAGGACGUCUCCAGCGGGCAGACCAGCAUGCCGGUCGAGUUGGUGCCCAACUCCUCGGUCUUGGUCGGGAUGAGCGGCGCCGGUUCGUCUUCUUCCAGCAGCGCACCACGCGGGGCCGCGAUGAACAGCCGAGGUGUUGUUACGGCCACUGGAGCUGCGACGAGCAAGCGGCCGACGUCGUCCAGCGCGGUCUCCGGGCGCGUGGACCUUACAGGAGAAGAUGGGAACCUUUCGGACACGCUGCCUGGGGAAAGUGAGGAGGACGCGCUUUCGGCCGGCGAAGAGGAUGAGGAGGACGAAGGCGACUUUUCCGAAGCGAAUGGCGAACUACACGGGGGUAGUAGUUCAGCGGCGAAUAUUAACCAAGAUCGUGGGCCGCGGUCGUCCUCGGGAGGAGCACGACAUCCCAGCGCGGUUUCCUCUGCCGGUGGCGGGUCCGGGGGCGCGCGCGCGUCCGCCUCGCGGGACGGCACUACGAUUCCUCGCACGGGUUCCGCCGGCGCCAAUUCAUCCACCUCCCUGCUCGCAAAGCAGGCGGCACUGCACGCCAACAUGCAUUGCUUCUUAACCCCGAAGUGGAGCGAGCUGCCGACGGACAGCGAAGGUGAGCCGCUGCUGGACCCUAAGACGCUGGACUUCAUCCCCACCACCUUCACCGUAUGGGUUGCAAAUGCAGUGUCUGGGUGGUCUGGAAGGAUGCAACAAACUUGUGAUGCGUCUUCUAGAUCAAAUUAUUUUUGUUUUGCCCGGGUAGCAAGAGAUGCUCGCAUAUCUGGUCAACAUACUGAAGCGAUAAUUUGUUUUUGUUCUCAUGCGGUAUAUGCGAUUGUGCAAAGCCACUGCGAGAAAGCCUGUGAAGAUGCUAGGCGGUGCAUCCCGCUUCCAGACCCCGCGCAGUUUCGCGAAACUCAGCAGGACACCCUUCUGCAGUUGUUUUCCAGACCACCUAGACAGAUGUUCAUUUGAUACACUCUGCCGCAGGACUACUCCUUAUUCGUGGAAGAAUUCCGGCGCACGGCGUCCAGCUGGAUUAUGAAGCCAAUCGGGAAGGCGCAGGGAAAGGGCAUUUUCCUUGUGAGCCGGUUGAACCAAGUCCGCAAGUGGGCGACGUAUCCGUCGCACUUGUCCUUGUCUUCGAAGAACAAAGACGACGUCAGCAACCCGUUUCGGGAGCCCUACAUCAUCUCGCGAUACAUUGACAACCCGCUGCUGAUUGGAGGUAUGUUAAUGUUUCGAUCAUUUUGACGAGGAGCCAGCAUCUUCAUUUACUAUGAUCGGAAACUACUUGUUGUAGUACCGUAGGCGUUUCUAAAAUUUCUGUCUCUUCCCCACAAGUUCGAGGGAAGAAACAAGGCCUUUCUUAGUCUUCUCAACGCCCGUAACGAUAUAUUUUUUUGGAAAUUGUCAGGUAAAAAGUUUGACCUUCGUGUGUACGUCUUGGUUACCUCCUUUCGUCCGAUUCGUGCCUAUAUGUACCAGGAGGGGUUUUGCCGAUUUUGCAACGUGCAGUACUCCACCGAUGUGACCGAACUGGACAACGUGUUUGUGCAUUUGACCAACGUGGCCAUCCAGAAGCACGCUGAAGAGUACAACGCGAAGCACGGGGGCAAGUGGAGCAUUCGCGACUUGCAGUUUUACCUCGAGUCCCUGACCGGGUCCCGGCUGCGGUCCAAGCAGGUGUUUCGCGACAUGGAGAACUUGAUUCUCGUCACCCUGAAAUCCGUGCAGAAUUCCAUGAUCAACGACAAGCACUGCUUCGAGCUGUACGGCGUGGACAUUCUGCUCGACGGGCAGCUGAAACCAUGGCUUUUGGAGGUAAACGCGAGCCCGUCGCUGAGCACGACGACGCACGAAGACCGGAUUCUGAAGUCCCGGCUCAUUCACGAUGUAAUGAACAUUCUGGAAGCGGAGUACGCGACGUUACUCCGCAGCGGCAACACGUCGACCAUGGCGAGUAACGCCACAGGUGGAAGUAGUGGCGGCAAUGCUUCUUCCGGCGGAGGUGGACAGAACUAUGUCGGAAACAACAACCCGGACGCAGUGCAAACGGUGGAAACACCCUUUGGGACCAGAACUACGAAUGGCGGCUUGAAUGGAGCAGUACCUUCGACGAGCAAAAAUUCACAAAACAAAAAUUCAGCCACGAAAAUGUCCAUGGGCGGUUUCCGCCUUCUGUUGGAUGAAUCCCGCUUGCGAAAAGCCCGGGAGCGGGUGGUGGCGGAGCAGACGCAGGCACUGAAUGGGAAGAACAAUAGGAAGAAACAAUUCCAAGCCGGGAAGGAGUGGAGGUAGGGAUCAUCUUGGUGGAAGGUAACUUCCUCAUCUUGUUCCGCAACUGGUAAUACUUAAUACGGGAAGUAGACGUUACUUCUCCUUUACUUGCAGCCUAUGUACAGAUUAGUUUGACGGUGCAGCAUCCUCUCCUGUCUACUUAGAUAGAAGUAGGUGGUCUUUAUUCGGUGUUGCACCGUGGACCCCUGCAGUUGCGGUUCUUGAAAGUUUUGUGUAGUUCGGAAUGAAUACUUUGUUCUUUCAGGCUCUCGUCAGCUACGACGUAACAGAUAUAUUCUUUAAUGACGCAUGCGCAUGGAAUUUUCGGGGUGUUGUUAGUCUGCAGUACGUGCAUCUUUGGGCGGUGAUCGCACGCAGUUGAAAACAACAGUCAACCUCAUUGGUGGUGGACAUCAGCUGGUGGAGUAGGCACAGAACGAGCUGGGAAAGACUCGUGCAUUUCGAUUAUGGUGUUUUGCGUACUCAAAUAGAAACUUCAUCCGGUCGGCUUUCUUAGUCCGGACGCCGAUGCCACGUACGUCAGUCGCGUCGUGGUUCAUCCUCGAGCGAAGAGAUCAUGUUUCCGCAAAAAGGAAUUGUACAUGGACAGUGACUACGCCGGACAUACGUAGACGACGAGGACAAUGAAUUGUAGCUAGCACCAAAAGCAAACAAGAUUCAUCUAGUGCUGCUGUUGGCAAUAAGUACGAAAAUUAUAACCAUGCCCGCUCGAGCCCUAAUCGUCUCGAGUUUUUCCGCGGCUUUCGCCAGCGUCUGCAUGAGCCAAGCCUUCAAGACCUCUAAUGCAACGGUUCCUGAAAAAAUCUCUCCGUUCGCUCUCCUGGCCGCCUUGCGAGCCUUCUGGUUCCUGCUCGGGCUCUUUUCCAACGUGAUUAUGUGGAAGUUUUUUCUCUCCGCGAACGUGGAAGCGGAAAGCAGCACGGAGGUUUCCGCGAUUGCGCUGGGGCUAAACUUUCUGUUCUCCGCGUCAAUGUCGAGCGGGGUCGAUUGGGUAACGGGGAGGAUGACAAUGAGUGCUGCUCCUGCUAAUGCUGCAGUGAAUGCAACAACCACUGCGUCAACAACUUCAGAAGUUUCUGGAGGUGUUGUAACUCAAACUGCUUUACUACCACCCGUAGCCACAACAUCCUACGCGGACUCUUAUCCGACACUAAACGCUAGAACAGGCAUGUUCCUUGGUGGGGUGUUUUUCAUUCUGCUCGGUGUCCAUCUGCUUUCGUCGAACAGUGGUUCUAGUUCUCGUUCUGCCGACGAGAAUGGUGCUGCAGCAAAUAAUGUCUUUGGGGGAGAACCUGCAACGAAGAACAAGACUAGAAUCCCCUCUUCCACCACUUCGAGCGUUAACCUAAGCAAGAAGCACGCUCCUGUGAAAACGUCGUCAGCGAGGAAACAGCAUCAAGAGUCGUCUUCAACUUCAGCAAAGGACAAGAAGAU